CUGGUGGUGUUCCUGGAGUGACUACGCACGGGCCUCCAGUCGUUGUGGGGCUCGCGCAGCUCCCGGUCUUCGCCCGGGCCGCAUUCCCGUGCGUGGAUCCGUGUCACUCAGGCGCCGGGCAGGGACAGGCACGACCCGGGCCGGGGCAACAGCGGCUGGCGUGGGGAGGAGGCGGCGAGGCGGGGAUGCGGCCGGGGCGGGCCUGACGCAACCGCGGCGCCGAGCAGCACCGCAGGGCCCGGGCCGCGUCCCGCCCUCCCCCACCGCGCAGGGGUGCGUGGCGCCGCGGGGUCGCGGCUCGGUCUUCGGCUGGAGCCGGCGCAGGGGGCGCACGAGCGCCGCGGGGAGGCAGAGGGCGCGGCGCAGCGCGGGAGGCCGGGACCCGCCCCAGGCGCACGUGUGGCCGCGGGCGCCGCCGCCGAGCUCUCCCGGGGGCCGCGCCCCGGUCGGGCGGUGCGUGGCGAGGGUGCCCGCCCAGCCUGCGCCCACCCCCCGCGCCGCGGUGCAUGUUAGCCUCUUGCCGCUGUGUGCCGAGAGGCGGCGGGACCAUGAAGAUGAUCCACUUUCGGAGCUCCAGCGUCAAAUCGCUCAACCAGGAGAUGAAAUGCACCAUCCGGCUGCUGGACGACUCGGAGAUCUCCUGCCACAUCCAGCGGGAGACCAAGGGGCAGUUUCUUAUUGACCACAUAUGCAACUACUACAGCCUGCUGGAGAAGGACUACUUUGGCAUUCGCUAUGUGGACCCAGAGAAGCAGAGGCACUGGCUUGAACCUAACAAGUCCAUCUUCAAGCAAAUGAAAUCUCAUCCACCAUACACCAUGUGCUUUAGAGUGAAAUUCUACCCACAUGAACCCUUGAAGAUUAAAGAAGAGCUCACAAGGUACCUUUUGUAUUUACAAAUCAAACGUGAUAUUUUUCAUGGUCGAUUGCUGUGCUCCUUUUCCGAUGCUGCCUACCUGGGUGCCUGUAUCAUUCAAGCCGAGCUUGGUGAUUAUGAUCCUGAUGAGCAUCUUGAGAAUUACAUAAGUGAGUUUGAGAUUUUCCCCAAGCAGUCACAGAAGCUGGAGAGAAAAAUCAUGGAAGUUCAUAAAAACGAACUCAGAGGCCAGAGCCCGCCGGUGGCUGAGUUUAACUUACUCCUGAAAGCUCACACUUUGGAAACUUAUGGGGUGGAUCCUCACCCAUGCAAGGAUUCAACAGGAGCAACAACAUUUUUAGGAUUCACUGCUACAGGCUUUGUGGUAUUCCAGGGAAAUAAGAGAAUCCACUUGAUAAAAUGGCCGGAUGUCUGCAAACUGAAGUUUGAAGGAAAGACAUUUUAUGUGAUUGGCACACAGAAGGAGAAAAAAGCCAUGUUGGCAUUCCACACGUCGACACCAGCUGCCUGCAAGCAUCUCUGGAAGUGUGGGGUGGAGAACCAGGCCUUUUAUAAGUAUGCGAAGUCCAGUCAGAUCAAGACUGUGUCAAGCAGCAAGAUAUUUUUUAAAGGAAGUAGAUUUCGAUAUAGUGGCAAAGUUGCUAAAGAAGUGGUGGAGGCAAGCUCCAGAAUCCAGAGGGAGCCUCCUGAGGUGCACAGAGUCAGCAUCACUCAGAGCCGCAGUUCCCACUCCUUGAACAAGCAGCUCAUCAUCAACAUGGAGCCCCUGCAGCCCCUGCUUCCUUCCCCCAUCGAGCAGGAUGAGGAGCUUCCCCUGGGUGAGGGUGCCCCGUUGCCUAAAGAGGACAGGUCUGCUCCCUUGAUCUCCAGCUCCCCAGUAAAGGAAGCCCGGGUGUAUGAAGAUCCCCCAAGUGAAGAAGGAGAUAAAAUCAAAGAGGAGCCCUUAACCAUCUCUGAACUAGCAUACAACCCAAGUGCCAGCUUGCUCCCCACUCCCGUUGAUGAUGAUGAAAUUGAUAUGCUAUUUGACUGUUCAUCUAGGCUUGAGUUGGAAAGAGAAGACACAGAUUCAUUUGAGGAACUGGACGCAGAUGAAAAUGCCUUUUUGAUUGCCGAGGAAGAGGAGCUGAAAGAGGCUCGCCGAGCUUUGUCCUGGAGCUAUGACAUUCUGACCGGCCACUUUCGGGUGAAUCCACUGGUCAAGAGUUUUUCCAGGCUUCUUGUGGUGGGCCUGGGACUGCUGCUCUUUGUAUUUCCCCUGCUCCUCCUCCUUUUGGAGUCAGGUAUUGAUCUCUCCUUCUUAUGUGAAAUCCGCCAGACACCAGAGUUUGAGCAGUUUCACUAUGAAUACUACUGUCCCCUCAAGGAGUGGGUGGCUGGGAAGGUCAGCCUCAUGCUCUACAUGCUGGGGUGCUCCUGAGGGUAAUGCCUUGCACGCUAAGGGCUAUAUUCAAUACUAGUGAGUUCUCUUUUCAGUAGAGGCCUGGUUCUGAACGGUCAUGGGGUCAUCAACAGGUGAUCCUUUCUCAUGACUAAUUACUCCUGUUCUUAAGUUAACUUUCCAUAAUUCAACAUAUUUAAAUUAAGUUUAAAUCAAUUAUAGACAUUUUAGUUAUAGGCCAAAAAGAUGGCCCUUAAACAAAAACAUGUUUACUUUUUAAUGUACGAUAGACACCUUUAUCUGUUCUAUCAUAAUCCAUAAUGAUAUAUUGGACAGAUUCAGUUUUCCUGCUUUUAGUAGUUGGCACCACUACAAGCUGUAAGAUUCAGAAUCAGAAUUUUAAGAAAAACCCAAAGGAAAGUUUUUGAAUAUAAUCCUUAGUGAACACAAUGUCUUCUAACCAAUGCCUAUACAACUAAAUUUAUGCUGGGCUUUUCUUUUUGUUUUUUAAAAAUAUUUUUAUGUGUUCAAACUAUUUUGGUAAAUUUUUAGCAAAAAAAAAAGAAAAAAAACACAAACAAAAAACAAGCCUCUCAAAAUAAUUUACAUAUACAGAUUGCAAGACUAAUGCAUAAAGGCAUAUCAGGAAUUUUUUAAUGUUUUGGCAGUGGUUUGUUUUUUAAACUAUUUUUGGCUGAACAAUCUCAUAAUUUGUUAUUACCUGCAUAUUUAAUAUAGAAAAAUGGGUAGAAAGACACUGUAGCAAUCAAGCCCCCCAAAGAGAUGAUGCAGCUGGAGGAUGUAGAACUGAGAGCCCUGAGUUGACUCAAGGAGGUCCAUUUUUCAAAAUUUUGGACAAUUUUGGAUUUGGUGUUUUCCUUUUGCAUUUUGUCCACAUAGUUGGGCCUGGGCAAGCAGAUUGUUCUUAAAGGAAAGUGAAACUGUAAGGGAAAAAAUGGUGAAAGAUAAUAGUAGUUAACUGCUUAUUGUACAGUAGCGUGAGAAUGGAAGCAGAUGAGAGUCGGACAGAUAGAAAGUGGCAAAAGACAGUUUUGGUGAGAGCAGUAGGCAAGUGUGGUAGAUGGAUGGGGCUUUUAUGAAAGUGAUAAUGAUGCAAGGCAUACAGCAAUGUAAAGAGUAAGUGCCCUUGCUGUUUGAGGUGACAUGAAUGCAUUCAAGUGGAUAUGAAUAAAGGUGAAGAAACUUUAAGGUAAAUUUCCAUUCCUUCAUGCCAUUCCUUGUGAUUUUGUGGGAAAAAAAAAACUUCAAAAAGUGUGAUAUGUGUGUGUGUGUGAGAGAGAGAGAGACAGACAGAGACAGAGACAGAGAGAGACAGAGACAGAGACAGAGACAGAGAGAGAGAGAAUAAAUAUCCUCUCAUGCAAAUGAUCGUCCUUUGUGUAUAUUCUUAUCCUUGCCUGGUUUGCUCAAAAGCAUAAUAGCUCAUUCAUAAUCAGGGCUUUCACUGCAAAAGUGGAGAGAGCUCAUCAGAUGACCAAUCAGUUCAACCUUGGUGAAGGAGACAACAGAAGGAGCAAAUAAGCAGACAACACAGGACCCAAAUCCUCUAGUACCUUACUUCCUACCAUCAAAUCCAGGAGAAGCCGGUCUGAUGCCUCCCUGUGCAGAGCACGGAGCAGCAAGGGAGAGAGAGGAGCCUGGAUUCCCAGCGUAGAACACAGGGUUGCUCCAGGAGUUGAGAACAUGCCAUUACCUUCACUUACAAAGAGAUGUGGCCCACCUGUGAUCUCUCCCUAACUCAAUGACACUUUCACUCUAUUAGUGUAAUUUCCAAGUUGGGCGUUCCAGUCUUGGUCAUUCAAUGGAGCUCUGCAUGAUUCAUUAAGCAUUUAAUUUUGCAGACAAGUUUCAAAAAGCAGUUCAUGAGGCCUUCUGCUGAACACAUUAUAAUAUAUACUUGCUACUGAGUUUGCAUGGUUGUCUUCUGAUGGACUUUCAUACUGAUAAAGAAAUACAGUUUCUUUGGUUGUAACCCGCAACAGUAAGUUAAUUUUUCCCCUUUUCUCACAUGACAUGAUUUCUAAUUCAUCCUCUGUAAUGAAAGGAUGAUCCAAUGUAGUCUCCAUAAAUUAGUCUUCCUUCAAAUUGUACAUCAUGUUUUUCUAACCAAAACAAACCAUCAAGCCUUUACCUAUUAAAAUGAUAUUAAAUAGUUUUUAACAUUACGGAAGUAGUAUAUUUUCCAUUGUAAAGUAUUUGAACAACACAAGACAAAUAUCACAUACAAUCUAACUACACAGAUUCAUAUUAAGAAGAUACAUAUCCAGCUAGCAUCUCUUUUCUCCUAGACUUUAUUGUGAAGGAGAAAUGCUUUCAGGUAAAGCAGUUAACAGGAUAGGGUCUGCUGAAUUUCAACAAUAGCCAUUAAAAGUAAAACUGGGAACAUGGAAAGCCAUUUAAUUGGCAUAGAAUCACAGCCUUUGAGAAAUGCUCAUUUAAGUUUUGUUAGAAGGCUGCACUGGUUGCCUGAAUCAAAUGAGGAGAACAUUACUUCUAAAGAUGAGCAGUAUACAACUUAGUAAGAUACACAGUUCAAAGCAAGUGUGUGAGUAUAUGUAUAUUCCAUAUUAUUGGUGUAUGUGUGUUUAUAUAUAAACCUGUACAUAUGUGUGCAUUUGUAUAGACACAACCAAUAUGCUUUUCAUAUGUAGGUGUGCUUAUUUUGUCCCAGCUGAGGAAAUUGUUCCUUUUCCUCUCAGAUAUCACAGUGAGUAAAAUCACAUCCUCAAAGAUCUAAAAUUUCCAGAAAAUUACUGUGUGUAUAUUUGCAAACUUGUACACACAUAUGGCAAAUACAUAUACACACACAGUCUUAUCUUUAAUGGUAAUGCAAGUUGGGUUAUGAAAAUGAUGUAGGUAAAGUAUGUAUUUCUAUCUGUGCUUGGAGCAUAUUGUAAAAUGUUAUGUAUUUGGAGUAUAUUUUGUGGUUUGUCUAAUAUUUAUAAACAUAACUGUGGGGAGAAAUUCACAAUGAGUUGAAAUCCAGAGAUAUGGGGCCAUGUUACUGUGAAUGGAGCCUUAUCUUUGUAUAGUGAAGUUUGCAUUUCUAUGUCAACAUCCAAAUUGUUUUAUAUGUUAAUAUGGUAGCAGGAAUCCCUAAUAAAACUACUCUGGGGUAAAA